AUGGAGACUCUUAUUCCCGUUAUAAAUAAGUUGCAGGAUGUGUUCAAUACGGUUGGGAGCGAGUCUCUUCAGCUACCCCAGAUUGUAGUAAUUGGUAGCCAAAGUUCAGGCAAAAGUUCGGUGUUGGAGAAUAUUGUUGGUCGGGACUUCCUUCCAAGAGGCUCUGGGAUUGUCACUAGGCGACCAUUGGUUUUGCAGCUGGUUCACGUAGAUGAAGGCGAAGAUGUGGUUAGGAAGGAGGAAGGGGAUGGUGUUUCUACUGAAUGGGCUAAAUUUCUUCACAAGAAGAGUGAGGUUUUUGUCGACUUUGAUCUAGUCCGUGAGGAAAUUGCGAAAGAAACUGCUCGUUUAGUUGGGAAUGGGAAGAUGGUGAGCUCUGAAGCGAUACACCUGAAGAUAUAUAGUCCGAAGGUCCUCAACUUGACACUAGUUGAUCUGCCAGGCAUCACAAAGGUUCCUGUCGGCGAUCAGCCGGAGGAUAUUGAGAAUCAAAUCAAUGCGUUAUGUCUGCACUAUAUUAGCAAUCCAAAUUGUAUAAUCCUUGCAGUUACCCCUGCUAACGCUGACAUGGCAACCAGCGAGUCGUUAAAGCUCGCCAAGGAAGUCGACCCUGAAGGAAGGCGAACACUUUGUGUUCUUACCAAGCUGGAUCUGAUGGAUCAUGGGACGGAUGCCCACGAUCUUUUGAUGAACCGAGUUGUUCCUGUUAAAUUAGGAAUUAUUGGCGUGGUUAAUCGUUCUCAGGCAGAUAUAAAUGCCAAUAAAUCUAUCAUUGAUGCCCUGGCUUAUGAGGCCUCCUUCCUGCAGCGUCGCUACCCUUCACUUGCAAGCAGAAAUGGUACUAUCUACCUUACCAAGACUCUAAAUCGACUCCUGAUGCACCACAUUAGAGACUGCUUGCCCGAGUUAAAAACGCGUGUUAAUGUAAUGACGGCCCAAUUCCAAACUCUUCUCAAUUCCUUUGGUACUGAAGUAGAGGAUAAAGUAAGUCUUAUUACGCUGGUAUUUGCUAAUGAAGACGAAAUGGACUAG